UUGACAGCGAGCGCUGCGCGAGAGAAGGUUCCCCAACCCAGUUUCUCUCCGUACGCUGUUCCUACCAUCUCUGUACGCACUUUACCUACCGACUGAUCGAACAGUAGAAUUUAGAUUUUACGCGAGUGAUUAUGGCAGUCCCGCUGGCUUGUACGCGCUUCAGCGACAACUACGACCUCAAAGAAGAAUUAGGAAAAGGAGCAUUUUCAGUAGUGAGAAGAUGCGUUCAAAAAUCUACAGGUUUGGAGUUCGCAGCGAAAAUAAUAAAUACAAAAAAAUUAUCGGCUAGAGAUUUUCAAAAAUUGGAACGAGAAGCAAGGAUAUGUAGGAAACUUCAACAUCCAAAUAUAGUGAGAUUACAUGACAGUAUCCAAGAGGAAAAUUUCCAUUAUUUAGUAUUCGAUUUGGUAACCGGCGGCGAAUUAUUCGAAGACAUCGUAGCGAGAGAAUUCUAUUCAGAGGCCGAUGCAUCGCAUUGUAUACAACAAAUUUUAGAAUCUGUCAACCAUUGUCAUCAAAACGGCGUAGUGCAUAGAGACCUUAAGCCGGAAAAUUUACUAUUAGCUAGCAAACAGAAGGGAGCCGCCGUGAAAUUGGCGGAUUUCGGUCUGGCGAUAGAGGUACAAGGCGAGCAACAGGCGUGGUUCGGCUUCGCCGGUACGCCGGGCUAUCUUUCGCCGGAGGUGCUCAAGAAGGAACCCUACGGGAAGCCCGUGGACAUUUGGGCGUGCGGCGUCAUUUUGUACAUUUUGCUCGUCGGUUAUCCGCCCUUUUGGGACGAGGAUCAGCACCGUUUGUACGCGCAAAUCAAAGCUGGAGCAUACGAUUAUCCGAGUCCGGAAUGGGAUACGGUGACUCCGGAAGCGAAGAAUCUCAUCAAUCAAAUGCUGACCGUCAACCCGUCGAAACGAAUCACAGCAUCGGAGGCCCUGAAGCAUCCUUGGAUAUGCCAACGAGAACGCGUGGCUUCGGUGGUGCACAGACAAGAGACCGUCGACUGCCUCAAGAAAUUCAAUGCGCGGCGUAAACUCAAGGGUGCCAUCCUUACCACUAUGCUGGCUACUCGUAAUUUCUCAAGUAGAAGUAUAAUCGUCAAAAAGGGAGAGGGAUCUCAAGUGAAGGAAUCCACCGACAGCUCCACGACGCUUGAAGACGACGACAUCAAAGGUCCAGGAACGCCUCCCCAAUCGCCGAGAAUAGGUCCAACGUCUUCGGGCUCUCCUUCGAGUUCUGUAAACGCGCCUAAUGCGAGGCCGAACGCCUUAAAUUUGGGCCAGGCUUUGUUGCAAGGCGUCCAAGAGAUUCGGAUUGUCUGUCCCGAUAAGCCGUACACUCAACUAUCCACAAACUCUCAAACCUCAGCUCGACGACAAGAAAUCAUCAAAAUGACGGAACAGCUUAUCGAAGCGAUCAAUACGGGCGAUUUUGAAGCGUAUACAAAAAUAUGCGAUCCACAUUUGACCGCAUUCGAACCGGAGGCCAUGGGAAAUCUGGUAGAAGGCAUGGAUUUCCAUAAAUUCUACUUCGACAACGUGCUUGGUAAAAAUUGUAAAGCUGUAAAUACAACAAUCUUGAAUCCCCACGUGCAUCUUUUGGGCGAAGACGCCGCCUGCAUCGCCUACGUUAGAUUAACGCAAUACAUGGACAAGCACGGCCAGGCGCACACCCACCAGUCGGAGGAGAGUCGCGUUUGGCACAAACGGGACAACAAAUGGCAGAACGUCCAUUUCCAUCGCAGCGGCGGGAACGGGGGCGCCGCCUUCGGAUUCAGUUUACACAAAUAGUUCGACGUGAAGAACGAGACAUAAAUGAAUAUUUAACGCAGAUCUACCGACUGAUUCUGUUUGUCAGUGUCGAGAUCUCUGAACGGUGAUGUGUGAGUCUCACGAUUUCUCUCUAUGUGUUUCGAAUGUUUCCUUUCUGUUCCGUAUUUUGCGUACUUAAAUCUAGUACUUAUUUGCCACAGGUGAAUGCGAAAAAAUUAGACGGUAAUCGACUGUAAAAUGCGGCCCGUUAUCGAUUCGUUGUCAUUUGGACCGAUGCGAAGUUCGUACAAGUCGUUCGUCAAUGCGAAUUAGUCCCUUGCCAAUUUUGGAUUUGUUGUGAUGCCAAAACGGGUUUUUGUUUGGAACGCAAUUACAGGUAUUUCGCACUUUUUUUUAAUGAAAAAUAGCGGGUUUAUUUCGAGUUAUUGCCGCAUUGUUCAAAAAAUUUGCUUCAUAUAGUCCCGACUUUAAUGCAACAUUUCUUCAUAAAUUCUUAGGAAGAUUAAAUUAGGAAAACUCCAUAUUUUUAUUUUUUACAAAGCGUUUAAACUUGCUCGGAGUGAGCAUACUGACCUCUUAAUUUGGGACACACUGUACAAAUGAUCCUAUACCUAUUUUUUAAUAUUUUAUCAUAUUAUUUUAACAUAUAUUUAAUUGAUAUAAAUGGUAAAACACCUAUUGAAACUGCUCAGUUUUGUUCCAAACAACAAAAUAAUAUUUUUACAAAAUAUACUGCUACAACAUAUUUAUUUCCUUCCCUCUUUUAUAUACUUCUUCCCGACUUUCUUGCAUUGAUAUCUUCUUUAAUUGCCUCCUCAUUUACUUCUUUAUAAUCAUCUGAUGCAUUUUAUUGAUGAUCAAUUGUGUACGAAACGUUCGUGAAGAAUGACACGCGUGAGCCGUCGAUUCCAUUAAGUGUUUUUGCGCGAUUUAAAAGAGAUUAGAGAUUUUUGAUGUUGUAACUAAGUAGUAGACGGAUUUUUUAAAAAAUGUAAUUGAUAAAACGACCCGCGAGAAUACAGGGUAAAUUUAAAAGAAAAUUGUAUAAAUUUGUAAGUCUAAUCUCUUUUAUGGUCGGAUGCGUUGUAAGCAUCAUGGUGAAUAAAACGAACGGAAAUUAUUAAUGAUAUUUGAAUUUAUUCUAGUCUGUAUAUUUCGUUGAUUUGUUUCUUAUUAAAUAAGAUUGCGAAGGAGAUUUUAUCCGGUCUUAAUUUAUUGUGCCAUAUUUCUAAUUUCUUAUUAUAAAUGUAAUUAUGAUAGUUAAGGAGAAUUUAUUUAAAUUUGAGAAUCUGUACAUAACCAUUUUUUGCUUAUAAAAAUAAUAUAUUACAUUAUGUAAGCUGUUAAUAAUAUAUCAAACUAUAGUCUAAAUGAACUUUUCACACUUUAGGUAAGUUUCAGAUAAUAUUAAAAAACAACAAAUCGUUUAGAUAGAAUAAUUUUAAUUGCCAAAGAUAGUACGAAAAAUUUCUCGAUUAAAAAAAGCGGAAAUUUAUUUAAAAGAUACAUUCAAAAAUCGCAAUGUCUCUGCAGAGUUUAUUUCGAAUCGCUUUUUUCCUGAACCUAGCAAAGAAAUAGUGAACUAUACAAUAACCAAUGAAUUAAUAUUCAAUCAAAUGCAAGGGUAAUUUGGAUAAACUGAACUUUUUCCACUUUAAGAAUCUACAACUCAUUCUUAUAGACGAUAUAGUUUUUUGUAUUUAGGUAAUAUGGAAAAAAAGUAAACGUAAACGAAUGAAAAUAAUUAACAAUUUGAAUACUGAGUAAAUUAUUAUUUGUUGUUCGGUAUUCAAGGUGUUAUUUAACGCAGAAACAGUACAGAGGAAUGUCGUUUCGAGCUCUCGUAGAUUAAUUUAAUAAAAAAGAAUCCGUACUGAAUUUUAUGAUCAUGAUUUAAUAGUAUUAUUUCGAAUUGUUUUUAUUUAUGUAGAAAAGUAGAGAUUUUAAGACGCUCGAUUGUUUUCGCUACAUUUUAUCCGGCAUUUAAUUUCAUGAGAUUGUUUGAAUUACAAAUAUACAAAUAGGUUUCUAGCUCUCUUUCAUAUAAAUGAAAUUUUCACUGAAGUAUUUGUACGUAAUUGAAUUUUACGUUUUUCGUUUGUGAUAUUUUUUCAUAAAAUGCCUAUGAACGAAUAAGUGAGAUAAUCAAAUGAUUUUUAUCGUAAAGUUCCGUGUAGAGAAAUUGCAUUGUUAAACGGUCUUUGCGGUAAAAAAUUGUGAAAUUCCAAUUCAACGAGUUGCCUCUUUUAUGAAAAAAUAUCCGGAGCUUUUUCGCUCGAUUUGAUGAAUAUAUUAACAAAUUUAAAAAAUAUUCACUCUUUGUCCUAGUAUUUAAAAUCAUCUGUUUUUAGUAGUACUCUUCGCAAACGGGAAGCCCUUGGGGCUUUUUUGCGUAGAAUAAUACAUACUUGUAGUAGCAAUUUUAACAAUUAUUUAGUCACUUCCAUGAAUUGACUUAAAACUUAUUAUAAUAUUUCAGGCCUAACGACUGAAAUGUUUUUGAAUUUCUUUUUCAAAAAAAGUACUACACUGUGUAGCAUUAUAGUCAGAUUGUUACUGUGAAAAAACUUGUAUUGAUAUAUUUAAUUUCUCAUUUACAUUUCCUUUGGUAAAAUAUUCCAGUGAUGUUAAACGAGUAGCGAGCGACCUUUAAUUAAAACACUGAUU